AUGAAUCCAUCUCUCGGAACUGACUUCCAAGCUCUCGGCCCUCGGCUUGGCGGUGGCUACCCGCUUUACAAUGCGCUUACACACCUUGAUCUUAGCACGAGCAAGAGCGAGGUAUACUUCCCCGGAAAGACUCAUUUGGUUCAGGAGCCCGUGUUUAUUCCUAGGGCGGGCUCUGAUAUGGAGGGUGAUGGCUACCUGCUGGCGUUGAUCAACAACUACGAUUCUAUGAGCAGUGAGUUGCAUCUUCUUGAUCUUCAUGAUUUUGAAAAGGCUCGGGCAAUCAUAAAAUUGCCAGUACGGCUCCGCCAAGGCCUCCAUGGCAACUGGGUCGAUAGCAGCGAUAUGCUCCAGACGCAUUAA